AUGGUAAUAUCUGGGGCUGAAUUUUUAAAAGGCCUUCCCUCAUAUAAUGAAAAUAAUUUCACAAGAUACCACAAUGAUAAUGGUAGUAAAAUAAGCACAAAGAGGCCUUCUAUUUAUUUACCUACAAAAAACUUUCCAUCGGAACAAGUGAUUGUAACUGAAAAAACAAAUAUUCUUUUGAGGUAUCUUCAUCAACAGUGGGAGAAAAAACAAGCGCUCAAAAAACGUGAUCUUAGCAAUGUGGAAACAAACGAAGAAAAUGGAGUCAGAAAACGUGCCAGAUUAGACAGCUCGUCCGGUGGCAAUAAUUAG